AUGAUUGUUAGUUCUACGAAAGAUUUUAAUAUAAUAGUUCAUGAUUUAAGUGGAGUAAAAAUUACUGAUGUAUAUACUCCCGGACAUUAAAUUGUCAAAUUUACUGUAUCGUAAAACUAGGAUGAUGUUUUUGUAGCCACUGUUGGUGAUGAUUAUAAAAUUAGAAUUGCUAAACUAGAAAAUACUAAAGUUAAAUAAUCAACUUAGGAAAGCUUUAACUAAUUCAAAUAUAAAUUAAAACCAGAAAGUAUUAUUGGUUUAUAAUCUUUUAAUUAAGAUAUUCCUUUGAAUACAUUAGGUGAAGAUUUUGCAUAGGAGAAAUAUUUUAAUUAAGAUGAUGAUGAAGAUGAUAAUUAAAUUUAAAACAAAUAAAACAAUGAUAAUGAAGAUGAAGAUGAUGAAUUAGACGCAUUUAUGAAAGAAAUAGACGAAUAAGCAGGAAAAGAUAAAUAAGUUAUAAAUUCAAAAGAUAAAAAUAUAAAUUCAAAGAGAAAAAUAGGAGAAAGAUUAGAUGAAGACAAUGAUCCGUUAGAUUUAUAUAUGGAUAGCUUAAAGAAAAAAUUGAUUAAUUAAGCAAAUAAAAAUAAUAAUGUAAAGACUAAAAAGAAAAAAAAUAAUAAUGAAGAAAGCGAUUCUGAAAACGAAGAAGAUGAUGAAAAUGUUGAAAAUAAUUAAUAUGAAUUUUUAGAUAGCGAUGGUGAAAUUGAUUUCGCAAAAUUAAAAGAAAAUAAAAAAAAGAAUUUUAAAUUAUUAGAUAAAUUUGAUCAUUCGAAAGUAAAAUAUCAAUAAUUUACUAAAAAUUUUUACAUUGAGCAUCCUGAUAUUUAAAGUUUAUAAUAAACUUAAAUUGAAAAAAUAAAAAAAGAUUUUGAAAUAAAAGUUAAAGGAUAUUGUAUACCUGCUCCUUUAGUAAGUUUUGGAUAUUUAGGAUUUGAUGAAUAAUUAAUUAAUUAAAUUUCAAAAUAAGGUUUUUAAAAACCUACACCAAUUUAAUCUUAAGCCUUACCAUGUGCUUUAAGUGGUAGAGAUGUUGUAGGAGUUGCUAAAACAGGAUCAGGAAAAACAGUUUCUUAUGUUUGGCCUUUAUUAAUUCAUAUUCUUGAUUAGUAAGAAUUAGAAAAAAACUAAGGACCAAUAGGAUUAAUAUUAGCACCAACAAGAGAGCUAUGUUAAUAAAUUUACCUUGAAUGCAAAAAAUAUGCUAAAAUAUAUAAUAUAUCUGUCGGAGCAUUGUUAGGAGGUGAAAAUAAACAUGAAUAAUGGCGAAUGCUUAAAACAGGAGUCGAAAUAUUAGUAGCAACUCCUGGAAGACUCAUAGAAAUGAUUUAAAAGAAAGCGACAAACAUGAUAAGAUGUACAUAUUUAGUAAUUGAUGAAGCUGAUAAAAUGUUUAGUAUGGGUUUUGAGAAAUAAAUAAGAUCUAUAGUAUAAUAAAUAAGACCAGAUAGAUAGACAUUACUAUUUACGGCAACUUUAAAGAAAAACAUAUUAAAUUUGGUUAUGGACAUAUUAGAUAAUCCAAUUACUAUAAAUGUUGGAAACGAUAAUUAGGCCAAUGAAGAUAUUAGGUAAGAGCCUGUAAUUUUUAAAGAAGCUUUUUAAAAAGAUAAUUGGUUAGUUAUAAAUUUACCUCUGUUUUUAUAAAAAGGAAAAGUCCUAAUUUUUGUUAAUCAUAUUGCUAAUUGUAGCAAAUUAUAAGAUCUUUUGUUAUUAAAGCUAAAUAUAUAAGCUUUGAGUUUACAUGGUGAUAAAUCACAAAACGAUAGAACUUAGAUUAUUACUUUAUAUAAAGCUUAAUACCCUUUAUUAAUUGCUACAGAUGUUGCUUCUAGAGGGCUAAAUAUUCCGGAAAUUAAAACUGUUAUUAAUUAUGAUUUUCCUUAAGAUACUGAUACUUAUAUACAUAGAAUUGGACGUACAGGAAGAGCAGGAGCUACGUAAAAAAAAAAUUCUUUUAAAAAAUUAAAAAAAAAUUAUAAAAAGUGAUGGCAUUGCUUAUAGCUUACUUCUAUAUGAUGAAUCUAAAUAUGCUGUUAAUAUGGUAAAAGCUAUGGAAUUAAGCGGAUAGCCUGUAAAUUAAAGCUUAGAAUAAAUUGCAAUGAAUGAUGAUAAGUUUAAAUCUUAAAGAUUAGCUAAUAAAUUAGGUGUGAGCUUUGCAAAAGGAAAAGACGCAAGCAAACUAUUAAAAUAGGCUUUAAGUAAAUAAAGAAAUGCUGGAUAAAAACAUGGUUUAGGAUAUUAAGAAGAAAAAGAAACAUCUUUAAAGGAUUAAAUUAAAUAAGAUGUAGAAAAAUAAAUGUAAAAAUAAACUUAAUAAACAUAAGAAAAAAUUUUAACGAAUGAGUAAUAAAGGAUUUAAUAAUAGAUAAUCCUUG